CUAUCAUGCUAAAACAGUUGUGUAAUGAGACACGAAUGCAAAAGAACAACAAGCCAUGCAAAUCAAGCAAAAUGUCAUUUCACACAUGACAGAAUCAAUGGUUGUUCAAUAAUCAUUAUCUCCAAUAAAUUAAAUGAUUUAGAUUAUUCUAUUGAAGCCGCAUCGUCAGACGUUGUUCAUUUAUUGAUCGCGAGCCGAAGCACGUCACACCAGCGAUGUCAACAGAGAACGAGGAAGUGCAAAAUGGGGAAGGCGGUGUCGAUGAACAAACAGAAAAAAGAAUAGGUUGUGCACAUUAUAAACGCCGUGCGAAAUUCGUGACACCUUGCUGCAACAAAGUGUACAUCUGCCGAUACUGUCAUGAUGAGAAUGAACAGCACUAUUUCAACAGGAAGUCUGUCACGGAGCUGAUUUGCACAGAGUGUGACACGCGACAGAAGGUGCAGGCCGAGUGUGAGAGCUGUGGAGUUAGGUUUGGGAAGUACACAUGCCUUAUCUGCAACCUGUUUGAUGAUGAGGACAAGAGGCAGUAUCACUGCGAAGGCUGCGGCAUCUGCCGGGUUGGCGGCCGAGAUCGAUUCUUCCACUGCGAGCGGUGCAAUAUGUGCCUACCAGUGCAACUGCAGCGCGUUGGACACAGGUGCGUAGAAAAUGUGUCCCGCUCAAACUGCCCGGUGUGCCUGGAGGACAUACACACGUCGCGCAUCCCGUGCCACAUCCCGGACUGCGGGCACCUGCUGCACAAGCCGUGCUUCGAACAGCUGCUGCAUUCAGGACAUUACGCCUGCCCCACGUGCCAGACCAGCAUGAUCGAUAUGUCUAAUUUGUGGAACUAUCUAGACUCGGAGGUGGCUGCCACGCCCAUGCCUCCAGAAUACGCUGAUUAUAAAGCUACCAUAUUGUGCAAGGACUGUCAUAAGCUGUCUACGGUGAAGUUCCAUGUGGUGGGACUGAAAUGUCAGCACUGUGGCGCGUACAACACCUGUCAGACCAACGGGUUUCAAAAAGAGAGCAGCAGCAGCGCAGAGGGUGGCGACACAUCAUCGUCCACCUCCACGUCCAGCAGCCGCAGCACGUCCAGCGCCUUCACGGAGCACAACGAACGCGAACGCGAACGUGAACAACCCGACCUGUCCGACCACCUGCCGCGAGCCAACCCUCUAGACGAGCCGCCGCAGGCCUGACUAGACAAAUGAACCAGCGCGCCGAACUACCCACGGGCCUGUGUGACCAUUGCAAGGCAACCGUCUCGAAAGAGCUCGUGACGCGUGCCAACCCUAACCACUCUGGGGCGGUCUUUAUGACCCCUAGGAGGUCCGAUUAGAUAUCUAAACCUGCAUGCCGUUAUAUACACGAAUUGUGUCCAUCUGUCGUGAGCCAACCCUCGCACAUAGCAGAACAAGUAGUUUUUUACAAACAAGACUAAUUCUGAUGUUUUUGAUGCCUGGAAUAAAGCCCUUUAUAUAAUAUAUACCGUAGGGUUGCGAGCUCUCCCAGGCCCAACUCAUGCAGUCUGUGUUAAACAAAAAAUAUGAAAACUGUGGUCCCCAAGUCCUAAGUCAGUCGGCGAAAAGUAAUCGUGAGAGGUCUUAAAAAGUGAUUGGAGUGGUAAUUACAGUUUUAUUGCCUCUCUAUAACCAAUAUUUAUGUACUACAUUCUGCGGUAGUGUGAUGUAUUUAAAAUUACCACUAAAAUGCAUAUUAUAUAUUUGUGUAUCUAAUUUGCUCAGUUAACAUCCAUAUCAAGCAUUGUGACGAACGCCAGGUUCGUAUUUAGUUAAUUAUUUAGGGGGUCAGGACCCCCCAAGCUUGUUUGGAAAGUAACUUGCAAUUCCAUUAACUGUAUUAUUUCCAUGCUUAUUUAAAUGUUUUAAGGUAUACAUUGUCUGUACUGUUAAGUUGUUUAAUGAUUAUUUAAUGCGUCAUUUCUGUGACUAUGGUUGUUCGUGUGCUCUUUGGAGUUUGUGAAGUACCUAGAGCAAUAAAGCGUGAAUCGCUGUUGUAUAUUACACGUGUACAAUUAUGUAAAUGGCUUAGUUAUAAAGUGCUAGAUUUUAGACCAUUAUUUUAUUAAUUAUAGAAUUAUAAUAGAUAGGAUUAUUACACUUGGCUGUACAGAGUUACUUCCUGCCGUUUUAACAAAAUAAAUUAGAAGUACUAGCAAAA